ACCAUAGACGCAAUCUGGCAACCCUGCCCCUGAUUGCCCCUCAUUGGCUCAGGCGUGUACAUGGCGAAGAUGUGAACGCUCGCUGAGCAGCACACAUGGGCUGAGGCAUCGGGCUGGAGCGUGGAGAGGCGCACAGCGGGGCUGUGUUUUGCUUUGGGGGAAAAGAUCAGACUAGGACCAGGACCUGAUCAUCAUAAUCAUCAUCAUGAUCAUGCUGCCUUGAACCCUCGAACCAGCGUCUGGUCUCGAACCGCCUCCUCCUCCUCCUGCUUCCCUCCUCCCCUCUCUUCUCCUCCUCUCUUCUCCGCUCUUCUCCACGGCGCUUUUCUGAAGAGCACUCGCUGCUCAGUCUCAGUCUUGUCGCGGAGAUGAGCGCGCGGCCGCAAGUUCCCCCGCUCAUCAUCAUGUAAGUUAAGGGGGGAGGUCGAUUGAUGUGGCGGGCCAAAGAAGAAGGAGCUCGAGCAGCAAAUCGAGGAGCCUCGGCCAAAAGCAAACCCUGCGAAUCGGAUUUGAAAACGGAGGUCCUGCUCAGACCCCAGCCCCCUGAUCUGGACCUGGAUCUCGGAAUGGUGGCUCGGAGCACAGAUAAUCUGGACAGUUCCGGGGAGCCCGCCACCCGCUCAGUUGGCACCACUGCCAACUUGAAGGGGAAGAUGAGCAAGAGGCUGUCUGUUGUCAAAGGCCACUUCCCAAAGCUUGUAGACUGUGCCCACUUUCACUAUGAGAAUGUGGACUUUGGUUCCAUUGAGCUGCAGUUUGCUAGCGAGCAGAGCGAUGCUAGCUGGAGCUCAGCCAGUGCCAAAGACCUGGUCUUCCUUGUGCAGGUCUCCUGCCAGGGUAAGACGUGGAUGGUGCGCCGCUCAUAUGAAGAGUUCCGGACACUGGAUGCUCAUCUGCACCAGUGCAUCUAUGACCGGCGUUACUCCCAGCUACUGCCCCUGCCCGCACUCGCUGAGAUUGGGGACAGAGUGGAGAUCUUCACCCCUAUGCUCUCUGAGUACCUGAACCGUCUCUCCAUGAUCGUGGACAGUAAGCUGAACUGUGGGCCUGUGCUCACCUGGAUGGAGAUUGACAAUCACGGCAACCGGUUUCUGCUGAAAGAAGAGGCGUCUUUAAAUGUCCCUGCGAUUGCGGCAGCUCAUGUGAUCAAGCGAUACACUGCCCAAGCCAGUGACGAGAUCUCCAUUGAGGUUGGCGAUAUUUUGUCAGUGAUUGAUAUGCCACCCAAAGAGGAGACCACCUGGUGGAGAGGAAAGCAUGGCUUCCAGGUUGGCUUCUUCCCCAGUGAGUGUGUAGAGCUGAUCAGUGAGAAGGUACCCCAGUCUGUUAGUGGUCCUACCACUAAACUAGAGGGAGAUCCGGUCAGCUCCAAGCCUGGCGUUGCCAAUGCACCUGGACCGCCUUCUCCCACUUCAGUUCUUCAGCCUUGGUUCCUAAGAUUUGCUGUGUCCAAGAAACACGGCAAGCUGAUGGGUUUCUUGCGCACCUUUAUGAAGUCCAGACCCAGCAAGCAGAAACUGAAGCAGCGGGGCAUCCUGAAGGAGCGGGUCUUCGGCUGCGACCUGGGAGAACACCUCCUCAACUCCGGGCAAGACGUUCCCCAGGUAUUAAAGAGCUGCUCUGAGUUCAUAGAGAUGCACGGCGUUGUGGACGGCAUCUACAGACAUUCUGGAGUUUCCUCCAACAUCCAGAAGCUCAGGCACGAGUUUGACAGCGAGAAUGUUCCGGACCUAACUAAAGACGUGUACAUGCAGGACAUUCACUGUGUCGGCUCUCUCUGCAAGCUGUACUUCAGAGAGCUGCCCAAUCCGCUCCUCACGUACCAGCUCUAUGACAAGUUUGCUGACUGUAUGGGGGAGAUGACUGAGGAUGAGCGCAUGGUGAAAGUGCAUGAUGUCAUCCAGCAGCUACCUCCUCCCCACUACAGGACGCUGGAGUACCUCAUGAGACAUCUAGCCUUGCUGGCCACCAAGAGUGAGAAGACCAACAUGCAUGUUAAAAAUUUGGCCAUUGUCUGGGCCCCAAACCUGCUCAGGUCUAAGGAAAUCGAGGCAGUGGGGCUCAGUGGAGCUGACCCAUUUAAGGAGGUGCGCAUCCAGUCUGUGGUGGUGGAGUUCCUGCUCACCAAUGUGGAUGUGUUGUUCAGCGACUCUUUCACGUCAGUGGGCCGUUUCAGCGCAGCUCGCCAGUCCCUGACCAGACCAAAGUCCUUCGUGUCUACUCGGCUGCUGUCUCUGGAGGAGGCUCGGGCCCGCUCCCAGGCCCCUCUGCUUCUGCAGGGAUCUCCUCAUCCCCUCCAGGAUCGGUUCCACACAGUGUUGGACCUUCCUGGUGACAGAAGGAAAAGAGGCCUGAAGGUGCGGAAGGCAGCUGGAGGGAGCUGGAAGACAUUUUUUGCGAUUGGGAAGCCUGCAGGCUCAGGCCGGCGUAAGCCCAUACGGAUCAGCUCCUUAUUCCAGCCUGCAACCUCUCAUGCAGGUUGCAGGGUGGACAGUGUGACUCUGAGGUCAGCUAAGAGUGAAGAGUCUCUGUCUUCUCAACACAGUGGAGCAGGUCAGGGGAAGCUACAGCGCUUGCGAAGGCCUCGCUCCAGCAGUGAUGGCCUCUCUCUGGCCGCCUCCAUGGACCCUCAGCUCCUACCCCAGCCCCCUCCAGCUCAGAUCCCACCUAGCCGCUCAUACGACAGCUUGCUGCCUGAGGAGGCCCGAGAUGUGGAUGAGGAAGAGGAUGAGGAAGAUGACGAGGAGGGGGUAUACAUGCUGCCCGAUUUCUCGCAGGACCCUGCCGCCUCCUGGAUGGCCGAGGAUGUCAUUGACUUUAGCCCCACCUUCCCGGAUGACGGGCCAAUCGGGAUUGGAGGCAGUGCCAUCGCCCCUGGAGGCAGGGAGUCUCCACCCGCAGCUACACCCCCUCCCUACCGCUGCCUGAGUCACCAAGGACAUGCCCGCUCUGGCAGUCAGCGGUCAAUCACAGAAGACCCAGACUCUGUGCUCAACCAGUCAGAAGCUGCAGCCCGCAGGAGUCUGAUAUUGGCGGCUGCUGCCCCACCCCAGCAGGUGUUCUGCCAGCACAGGCCCUCUGCUGCCUCUAACCCUGCCUCUAGCAACACUCAGCAAGGAGAGUCCAACCUAAGCCCCUCCCACAAUCAGCCUUCUGCUCCGGCAACCUCUACCCCAUCCUCGCAGCCUCCACAGGAGAGGCGCUCCUUUACAAAGAAGAUGGUACACGCGCUGUCUCCUAAAGCACCAAAGUCACCUCCUCUGGAUAUAUCUGACCCCAUCGCCAUCAGCGUUCCUGCCAAGGUGCUGGAAAUGAUUGGCGGACGAGCUGGCGAAUUGCAGCCUGGGACUCCAGGGGGUGGACCUUCCCAGCCACCUCAAAUGAUAUCCAUGCUGCUGAGAUCAUGUGACUUCCAACUCACAGAGAGCUGCCAACUGGAGCUAAGCAGCAAGCUGGGCCACGAGGCCAAGAUCAAGGGCCCCAACAUUAUUGGUCCCACUGGUGCCCCCCUGCCCUCGCAGCAGCCUCCUCCCCCUCCUCCAAAAAACCCAGCACGUCUCAUGGCCUUGGCCCUAACGGAGAGUGCCAACAAAGCUCUCCGGCAGGGUGCUUCUCCUCCCUACCGGCCCCGGCAGACCCCUCCUGAGACCGACACCCGCUUCCAGAGGUCCCUCUCCGCAGACGCAGGGGCGCUGCUGUCCUCAGACCCUGACCAACUAUACUCCACGGUGCGCCCCCUGUCUGUGUGGAUGACUGAGGGUGAGGGUGAAGAUGGUGCUUCUGAGAAGACUCCAGACAGAUCACAUGAGGAGGAGUCAAGGUCACCCCAAGGCCAGGACACAGGAACGCUCUCCUCUGAUGCCUCAGUUUCUGAUUCUGGAGCAUCCAACUCUGAACUGUCUGCUGGCAGCUCUUCUGGGGACAACGAGAAAACCCCGAGCCCCAUCUAUAAGAAUCAGCAACAGCUUCCUCAACCACCAACAGAGCCUUCAAAAUCAAGCCCCCCCUCUGCCAGUGAGGCUCCCCCACAGAGGAAGCCCCCAGCCUAUGGCCGCCAGUUCUCCGCUCCACACCUCCAGCAACAGAAGUCCAGUACUCAGUCCAUGUCCCCUGCCCAAUCUCACUCCCAGCUUCUGCACUCCAAAUCAGAAAGCUCACCCUUGGCACAGGUACGUGCCUUCCAUCCCACACGACCCAAAGUACCCCCUAAACCAUUGGAUCUUGUCCCACAAAGAGCUCCACUUUCCAAUACCGACCGGCAGGACUUUACACGCCGCUCCCUGGACGCCGGACGCAUCCGGCGCAUGGUAGGUCCAGCUCAGGGCAACCCACCACUUUCUAGAGCUUUUUCAGAGCGCGUUAGUAGCACAUCAGAUGCACUGUCCCGCUAUCAUGCAGCAAGAAUGGCCAGCCAGGCGGCCCAGGCUACGCAGACUGUACAACCUCCCAUGCAGCAGCAGGGCCAGUUACCUCAUGUCCGACCUGCGUUCUCAUCUUCUGAAGACCCAUCCAAAAUGGAGAACUUCUACUAUGAGAUUGGUGCCCCUGAGCAUCCUCAAGGCCCACCUAGCUACUCCCAGCACAGCUACCAGAACAUGAGGCUUGAUCUAGAGGGUAACUACCGUCUUUCAGACCCAGCCAACCAGAGACCCCUGUCCAGGAGCCACCCUCCACCCCAGUAUUCACAGGUGCCUGCAUCCACCAGGACUCCUCAGCUUUGGUCCUCCGAGGCCACCCGUGCCUGGGCUGCAGCCCACUCACACUCCUUCUCCUUUUCUCACUCCCAUUCUCAUCGUCAUCCCCAAGACCAUCUGCCAGGUCAUCGCCACCCUCGGCUCCAGCGCCAAACAUCUUCCUCUGUAAAGCUGGUUCGUAGUGAAAUGCACCCGAUCCCCGCCUCUGCUGGCUUGCCAUCCUCCAGUUGUCUGGUGCCCCUGUCCGUGCAUCAACGCAGCCUGCACUGUCCACAGCGUUCACCCUCAUCUGACCUCACUGCCUCCCAGCUGCACCCGUACUUUGAAAACGGGAAAGUGUGCUAUCGGUACUUUGAGUCCUCCAGGCCAGAGGAGGCACUGCUGAGUCACCAUCAGCCUGCCACGUCAAAGUCGCCCCAGGCUCAGUCAUCCCAGACUUCCCCACUACAAGCACAUAAACCUCCCUCAAAAGAGCAGUCAGAGCCCAUCUAUGUGAACUACCCUUUCACCAGCCCUCCAGGAGCUGGAGUGAAUGCUAAGACCUGGGCCACCACUGAUCUCGAUGGAGAUACACAUCAAGUGGCUGAACCUCCUGCACCCCCUCCUGAGCCACUGCCAGAGGAUGAACAGCAGCCCUUAUGCCAGACUACAGAGCUGGAGAGUCCCACAACUAGCUUUGAAAGCCCUGCACAAAAUGACGCUGCCUCAGAUUCAAGAGCACUGGAAAUGCCCACCGAGAUCAACAUGGCGCACUUCCGCAGCCGCUCGGACCCUCAGACAUCCAGUUCGGAGCCUAGACACGCUUUGACAGGAAAGGACAUUGCCUCCUUGUUGAUUGAGAAGCUGGCAGAGGAUGAAAGAGAGGGUCCAAGCCUGGCCACAUCAUCCUCUGCAUCCUCCUCGCCCCACAUAGAGUACCCCCCUAACCCUUACCCCAGUCAGCAGCAACAGCGCCUUCCACCUGCCUACAAUGUGUACACCCCUGGACCAUCUCGGAGUCAUUUUGAGGGCCAGGGCACACCACGGGAAGGCUCUGGAGCUUUCCAACGGCAGGACCCCUUGCGCCGUUCUUCCGGCAGCCAGUACCGGCAAGCCUUUGACGUCAUGCCGUCUGGUGACCAUGUCCUUAAGUUUUACAGAAGUCAAGACUUUAUCCCAGCCCCCCAAGGAGACAGCACAACCCCUAACCCUUACCCCCCAAGACCUCAUUACCAGGACCCUCCAUAUCCUAGUCGAAGCCCCCAGGCUCACCCAGGCACACCACACACCUCUAAUUCUCCCAGCACAUCAGCAGCUUUCUCAAACUUGCCGCUAAGCACCCCAAGAGGAUACGGGCCCCAAAUGGCUGUCAAUCCAUAUAACCAGUACCCUUACCAGGCAGGUCCGGUCCUUCCCCACUACCCCAGUGCCCCACACAGGGACAUGAUCCUGGAUCCCACUCUUCGGCCUACAGCGCUCCGCGGCCAGCGGGGCCUAAACCGGCAGGGAAGUCUGCCCGGUCCUAACUGGACCAUCCACACAGAGGGCCAGACCCGCAGCUACUGCUGAAGCACAAUUGACCACCUUGUUAAGACUGAGUGUGAGAUCCAAUCUGAUGAAUGUCCUAAUAUAACCCCACUGCUGUACCAGUGAGAGAAACUGGGAGAGACAGACAGAACCAAGAUGGAGGUGUAAGAAGGCAAAGUUAAAGAAUCAAAGAAGUGAACCGUAAAGUGGCUUAGAUAUGUAAACAUUCCAGUAGACACUGUGCUGUCCAGCAGAGGGCAUAAGAGAAUUGUAUGGCUGCUGUCCCUCUGAAGGGAGUAUCAGGUAUUCGCAUAGUGGUGGUGUUUUUCUGCUUUAGGUACUUUCUGGGUUUAAGUUACUUUAUUACAAGCACACUAGAUGACAGGACAGAGAGAGCUGUACUUGGAAAUAAGCUCAGUUGAUUUGUUUUUUUCCCUUCCUUUUUUUUUUUGAGGAGGGGGGGUAAAGUCUGACUAUAACCUUGUGCUGCUGGUGGUUUUUAAAGAAGCAAUCUGUUCUAUUUUGUCUCAACGUUUCUGCUGUUGGUAGCAGCCAGACAUUUUUGUUUUUAUUGCUUUUUCAUUUUUUUAAGUUAACUUAAGUUUUCACUUCAAAGAAAGCAUGUAAAAUAUAUUUUUUUUGUUUCAGGUAUGUGAAGUAUAGGACUGUAAUUUUAGUUUUUAUUCAUUGGUAUAUAUGAGAGAGCGAGUGAAAGAGAAUGUCUUUUCAUUUUUGUAUGAGUGCUUCUGUCUCAUUAGUCUCCUGUUCAAAAGUACAUAAAAAGAAAGAGAAGGAAAACACUGCCAUUAGUGUGUAUGUGUGCGUCUGUCCAUAUUUAUGCAAGGUACAGCACUGUAUGUUUGGUUCUAAGUAGAGCAUGUGGGGAUCUCAAUAGCUGAACUAUGCCUGUAAUUGUUGUGCUGAUUCUUAAACGUUGCAUCAGUCAGUUGAAAACUAUGGAUAUAGAAUAGGAAAAUAAUACGGACAUAGGUUAGGAUUUUUGCUGUGACCAGUGCCCUUUACGUGUGGCAUCGGACACCUGUAGAACCUGUCAUUUUUCAGAGUCUGAAGAAUUGUGGAAAAUGUGAAUCCAAUCUAAUCCCUUUAGGUAAGGCAAAGCUCUGUCUGCAUUCAUAAGUUCCACAUAACGGUCACCACUACAGCAUAGUGUACACUACAUCAGAGGUAGCCAACUCCUGGUUACUGGAAAUCAAACUUCUUGGUCCUAUAAUUAAGUUCCAAAACUAAAACAUCUGAGCUCAAACCACUCUGAAUCUUCGGUGUCUGUAGUGGAGCCAUGUGUGGUGGAUUAGAAUUGUAAAUAAGCUCUGAUGAAGGGUAGAGCUCCAGGAGCAAUAUGUUGUCUGUUAAUUGUCACAAUACUGGCCUUUGCAGUACUUGCAUCACAGAUUGCAAACCACUAAACAUUCACUAAAUGCUUUAUGUGCUGUGAGCACUCUAACCCCUCACAGAUGGUCCAGAUGAGUCUUCAGUCAAGGUAUUCAGAUGAUCCAUCAAAUUUGUGGUUAAAAUAACAAAGGUAUUUAUAAAUGUGAUAUUCGAUUUAGUCUAUAUUUUGCAGGCCUAGUCUUUACAUGUGGUAGGUCAAUGCAAUGAAAACAUUUCAAUUGGGCAAGUGGAACCCCUGGGGAUCUACAUUUAAUAGUUUAUUGCCAAGCCUAAACAUUCAUCAUGCUGCACCUUCAGAUGUUGCUGAUGACUUUGUUUCAAUGGAUUGGGUGCAUUAGAUUAGGUUAGUGCUAAAAUUCUAUUCAAAGCCGGAUCUCCUGGUUGUACAUCCCUUAGGGUGUAACAGGGUUGACACCUGUAGGAAUAUUCAUAGUUACUGAUGCCUUUGCGUGAGCCAUUGUUCAGUAACAUGUUGAGGCAUGAACUUUACCUCUUGAGUAAGUAUUAAUACAGAUACUGAGCCUUUGCUCUCAUCGUGGUACAUGCCCUAUCCUUAAAGGAAUACUACAACACUUCUUAAUCUAAUCUCCAUUCACCACUUCUGUAGUGUACAGCCGAUUACUAAGUAAAAAAAAAAACAACCUGUUGGCUAAAAGCACAGUUGAAUUUAGAGCAGUAAA